GCUGAUUAAGUAAAUUAUGGGGAAAACCAUUAUGAUAUCUGCAACAGCAGCUCAAUCCACCAACAGUCCAACACUAUCAGAAAAAUUCUUAGUACCCUGAAAAGAAAAAACAAAAGUAAAAAAAGAUGAAAUAAGAACACAACAACUACUAUUUAAAGCUCAAAAACAAAAUAAACAUUUUUGGGUUCAAGAGCUGAAAAGAAGCGGAAUAAGAUUGUUACCUCAGAAUCAGACAGUAUUAUUCAAUCUCGGGUGAGUUAUUGCAUUCAACAGAAUGUCUCAGACCAACUGGGAAGCUGAUAAAAUGUUAGAUGUGUAUAUCCACGACUAUUUAGUGAAGAGAGAUUUAAAAGCUUCUGCUCAAGCUUUUCAAGCUGAAGGAAAAGUAUCCUCAGAUCCAGUUGCUAUUGAUGCACCGGGAGGUUUCCUAUUUGAAUGGUGGUCAGUUUUCUGGGAUAUAUUCAUUGCUAGGACUAAUGAGAAGCAUUCAGAGGUUGCUGCAUCUUACAUUGAGACACAGUUAAUUAAAGCAAGGGAGCAGCAGCAGCAGCAGCAGCAGCAGCAACAACAACAACAACAACAACAACAGCAGCAGCAGCAACAACAACAACAGCAACAAUCCCAGCAACCCCAACACUCCCAACAACAGCAGCAACAGCAGCAGCAGCACAUGCAAAUGCAGCAGCUCCUGUUGCACAGGCAUGUUCAGCAGCAGCAGCAACAGCAACAACAGCAGCAGCAGCAGCAGCAGCAACAACAACAGCAGCAACAACAGCAGCAGCCACAGCAGCAACAGCAACAGCCACAGCCACAACAGAGAAGAGAUGGGGUCCAUUUCCUCAAUGGAACUACAAAUGGGCUUGUCGGAAAUGAUCCUCUCAUGCGACAAAAUCCUGGAACAGCAAAUGCAAUGGCCACAAAGAUGUACGAGGAAAAAUUAAAACUUCCACUUCAGAGAGAUUCUUUGGAUGAUGCAUCUAUGAAGCAGAGAUUUGGUGAGAAUGUGGGCCAGAUUUUGGAUCAAAAUCAUGCUUCAAUAUUAAAGUCAGCUGCAGCAGCCGGCCAGCCUUCAGGGCAAGUAUUGCAUGGUACAGCUGGUGGGAUGACUCAACAAGUGCAAGCUCGAAAUCAGCAAUUGCCAGGGUCUACACCGGACAUAAAGACUGAAAUCAAUCCAGUAUUGAAUCCCAGAGCUGCAUGCCCCGAGGGAUCAUUAAUAGGAAUUCCUGGAUCAAAUCAGGGUGGUAACAAUUUGACUUUAAAAGGAUGGCCCCUCACAGGUUUGGAGCAGCUUCGCAGUGGGCUUCUUCAGCAACAAAAACCUUUUAUACAAGCUCCCCAGCCCUUUCACCAGCUUCAGAUGUUGACACCACAACACCAGCAGCAACUUAUGCUUGCUCAGCAAAAUUUGACAUCACCUUCUGCAAGUGAUGAAAGUAGAAGACUAAGAAUGCUAAUGAAUAAUCGCAGUAUGGGUCUUGGGAAGGAUGGCCUUCCAAAUUCUGUUGGUGAUGUGGGAUCACCUCUUCAAGCUGCUGGGCCUAUUAUGCCUCGUGGAGAUACAGAUAUGCUGAUUAAGUUAAAAAUGGCUCAUUUACACCAGCAACAAAACAGUAAUCCACAACAGCAGCAGCAACAGCUUCAGCAGCAUAAUCUUUCUGCUCAGCAGUCGCAAAGUUCAAAUCUCAAUCCCCACCAGCAAGAUAAAAUAGGCGGUGCUGGUAGUAUCACUAUGGAUGGUAGCAUCUCGAACUCCUUUCGAGGAAAUGAUCAGGUUUCAAAAAACCAGGCUGGGAGAAAGAGAAAGCAGCCAGUGUCAUCUUCAGGUCCUGCCAAUAGCACGGGAACAGCAAACACAGCUGGGCCUUCCCCGAGUUCAGCCCCUUCAACUCCCUCAACGCACACUCCUGGAGAUGUAAUCUCAAUGCCUGCCUUGCCCCAUAGUGGUAGCUCCUCCAAGCCUCUGAUGAUGUUUGGCCCUGAUGGUACUGGGACUCUUACGUCACCAUCAAAUCAGUUGUGGGAUGAUAAAGAUCUUGAAUUGCAGGCUGAUAUGGAUCGAUUUGUAGAGGAUGGUUCUCUUGAUGAUAAUGUCGAGUCUUUUUUAUCCCAUGAUGAUGUGGACCCUAGAGAUGCUGUUGGUCGAUGUAUGGAUGUCAGCAAAGGGUUCACAUUUACGGAAGUACACUCUGUUAAAGCAAGCACAAGCAAGGUUACUAGCUGUCACUUCUCGUCGGAUGGAAAGUUUCUUGCUAGUGGUGGCCAUGAUAAAAAGGCUGUAUUGUGGUACACAGAUACAUUAAAGGUAAAAUCAACCCUUGAAGAACAUUCAGCUUUGAUCACUGAUGUUCGUUUUAGUCCAAGCAUGCCACGUCUUGCAACGUCUUCAUUCGACAAAACUGUCAGGGUCUGGGAUGCUGACAAUCCUGGCUAUUCUCUCCGUACCUUUAUGGGACAUUCUGCCUCUGUUAUGUCAUUAGAUUUCCACCCAAAUAAAGAUGACCUUAUCUGCUCCUGCGACUCGGAUGGUCAGAUACGCUACUGGAGUAUUAACAAUGGCAGCUGCUCAAGUGUGUUCAAGGGUGGUACAGCACAGAUGAGAUUUCAACCCCGCCAUGGAAGAUUUCUUGCUGCAGCGGCAGAUAAUGUUGUAUCUAUACUGGAUGUCGAGACACAGGCUUGUCGGCAUUCAUUACAGGGGCAUACUAAGCCUGUCCAUUCUGUGUGCUGGGAUCCAUCUGGCGAGUUCCUUGCAUCUGUCAGUGAGGACUCUGUAAGAGUUUGGACACUCAGAUCAGGAGGUGAAGGGGAAUGUGUUCAUGAGUUGAGCUGCAAUGGAAGUAAAUUUCAUUCAUGUGUUUUCCAUCCGACGUAUACUUCCCUGCUGGUCAUUGGCUGUUAUCAGUCAUUGGAGUUGUGGAACAUGACAGAGAACAAGACAAUGACUCUAUCAGCGCAUGAUGGACUUAUUGCUGCUUUGGCUAUGUCAACUGUUACGGGUUUGGUUGCUUCGGCUAGUCAUGAUAAGUUUGUCAAGCUCUGGAAGUGAAAUGAUUGUUACUCUGCUUUAACUGUACUUCACAAAAUAGGAAUAGGUUUCUACCAGUCUUGGUCCAAUGCUUUGUAGUUUGUCUUUUGGUUGCUCGAUUGAUCGUCGUCUUUUGCUUUUUUGGAUCUCGAACUUCGGCUCCAUAUGACCCCCAGAAACUGACCUUGUAAGAUUAUUGUUGUAUUUGUCUACCUGUUACUAUAAUAGUAAACCUGGAAAUCUGUCAUGCUUCAUGGAACUCUUGUAACGCUCUUCAAACAGUAAAAUAGAAUUUUUAUGAUUCC